CAGCACAAUCGUGGGUCAGGCAAUGUUUGUUUUCCAAGCUCACAUGAUGGAAAAUGAAGAAAUGGUUUGGUAUAUAAAGAGUCCCUUCCUCCACUUUGACUCUGAUGUCAAGAAGUGACUAAGAGCAAUAUUUAUUCCAAUCACAGCUUUCAGCAAGUUCAGUCAUGGUGGAUAACAACGCAACUCCCUUGGCUGGUCAGAAUGAAGAGUUUGACUAUCCCAACUCCUUUAACUAUAAUUACAGUGAUUACGUGGCUAAUGAAGAUGAAGACGUGACAAAGACAAGGACUUUUUAUGCUGCAAAGAUAGUGAUUGGGGUGGCUCUUAUCUGCAUCAUGCUGAUAUGUGGCAUUGGGAACAUUAUCUUCAUUGCUGCACUUGCACGCUAUAAAAAAUUGAGAAAUUUAACCAAUUUGCUUAUCGCCAAUCUGGCCAUUUCGGAUUUUAUUGUAGCUAUUGUGUGCUGUCCCUUCGAAAUGGACUAUUAUGUCGUGAAACAGUUAUCGUGGGAGCACGGACAUAUCUUGUGUGCCUCAGUAAAUUAUUUAAGAACGGUUUCUUUGUAUGUGUCAACAAAUGCUCUUCUAGCAAUAGCUGUGGACAGGUAAGACUCAAUUUUAUGAAUCCCAUGGGUGGUUGAGAUUAGUUUGUCAGGAACUAAAUGAUGAACGUGGACCUCAAAGCAGGCUAUGAGACUGUUUUAAUUUAUUGAAUACUAGUGUUUGAGGUCUAGAGAAAAAUAUGAGAACCAUAAUUUUCUAGGUAAAAUAAAAUAUCGUAAUAGAAUGAAGAAAGACAAAGUUGCAACAGAAUAAGGUCCUUGUUUUAAUACCAAAAAUAGUUUCAAUAGCAUACACUAUAGGUUAUAUGACAUUGACGGCAUCAAAUGCAGAAUCAGUGAUUUGAAUACUGAAUACUAUAGUUUGCAUAGAAUGCAGUGUUAGUGAUAUAAUGCUAAAUAUCGCAUUUUCCAUGUUUUACUAAUUAUUUUCCGCAGUUUCCAUAUAAUACAUUGACCAAUGUUAUCUUAGUUUGCAUAGAAUGUGUCAAUAAAUACAAUCAAAAUAUAAAGUAUUUAAUUAGUAAUGUCACCUUUACCUUGUUUGUCAUGGUUUCCAUAUCACAGUGUCAGUGAUUUUACACCAAAUAUAAUAGGUUCCAUGUGUUACAGUGUCUGUGAUAGAAUACAGAAUAUGUUAGUACCCACAGGAUGUGAGUGUCAGUGAACUGAAACAGAAUAUUAUUGCUGAGAUAAUACUGAAUAUCAUAGUAGGAUGCUGUGUCGUUGAUGUAAACUGAAUAUGAUGUCUUCUACAAAAUGAUAUGUCAGUGAUGUUAUACCAAAUAUUAACUAUUUCAUUGAUGAAUAGGCAGCCAUAGUGCAUUGAAAAUCAUAAUUUCUUUAGGUUACAGUGUCAGUGAUUAUAAAUCUAAAUAUUGUAUUUUCCUCAACAUGCAGUGUCAGUGAUAUAAAUCUGGACAUUAUCAUUUUGAUAUCAUAUUUUACCUAGGAAGGUGGAAUAAAAAAAAUUAUUAAAAUUUAUUAAAAUGAUUACAAGCACUAAAAAAUGUCUCAAGAAUAGUUUAAUGCUUGCAUUAAUGAAUAAAACAGCAGUUUUAGGAUACAUUGCAGAAUAUUGUAGAAUAUUUAAUGAAUAUAGAAUCAAUGCAUAUUCAGAAACUCAUAAUAUUGGAUGUAGUAACCUGUUUCAUGCUCCUAUCCAGCUGUGCUUAUGGUUUUACUGGUAUCCCGCAUUCUGGGACAUCAUGGAAUACUCCCCAGCAAAAGCCAGGCUAGCCCACCAAUAGAUAUGCUCGAAUCAUUCUGAAUAGUGUCAGUGUAAUGCAACUAUCCACAGAACACUUCAUCACUGCUUUCUGCAUGGUCUGCCCAGAGUGUGGCAGACUUGCACCAUUUUCCAUAGGGAAAGCAUUGGAUUGGCUGAUAUCGGCAAGGAGGCGAAUCAAUGCAUCUCUACAAGGGAAUUUUAGCAUCUCCAUGCAGAGCGUUGAGAUGCUGAAUGGCAGUGCUGCCUACUGUGCAGCACUGCCAGGAAGCUCCAGUCUCUGAAAAGGCAGUGUUUGCAUGAAAAUGCCUGAAGGUAAUGAUAAUACUCACCAGGACAACUACAUUAAGCUGUAGUUGUUCUGGUGACUAUAGAGUCCCUUUAAAAUGAUUGAUAGGUGAAGUGAAUAACAUUGAUUAUAUCGUUACAAUGGAACCUGUCAAGGGGUGGGAUAUAUUAGGCAUCAAGCGAACAGUCAGUUCUUUAAUUUCAUGUGUUGGAAGCAGGAUAAAUGGGCAAGCAAACAGACAUGUAUGACUUUCACAAGGGACAAAUAGUGGUGGCUAUGUGACUAGUUCAGAGCAUAUCCAAAACAACAAGACUUGGGAGGUGUUCCUGGUAUGCUGUGGCUAGUACCUAUCAAAAGUGGUGCAAGGAAGGACAACUGGUGAACAGGCGUCAGGAUCAUUGAUGCCCAAUAUUCAUUGAUACAUGUGGGGAGCAAAUGCUGGCCAGUCUAGUCCGAUCCCAUAGAAGAGCUAAAGUAGCCCAAAUUGCUAAAAAAUUUAAUGCUGGCCAUAUUGAAAGGUGUCAAAACAGUGUAUCACAGUUUUGCUGCAUGUGGGGUUGCAUAGCCAGACAGGUCAGAGUGCCCAUGAGGACUCCUGUCCACCGCCAAAAUCACCUUCAAUAGGGAAGUGAGUGUCUGAACUGGACCAUGGAGAAAUGAAAAAAGGUUGCCUGGUCUGGUGAAUCACAUUUUCUUUUAGAUCAAGUGGGUGACAGGGCAUGUGCGUCAUUUACCUUGGGAAGAGAUGGCAGCAGGAUGCACUAUGGGAAGAAGGCAGUCUGGCAGUGUUAUCCACUGGGCAAUGUUCUGCUGGAAACCUUGUGUCAUGGCCUUUAUGUGGAUGUUACUUUGACACAUACCACAUGAACUCCUUCAUGACAAUGAUGUUCCCUAAAGGCUAAGGUCUCUUUCAGCAGGAUAAUAAACCCUGACACACUACAAAAGGGUUCAGAAAUGGUAUGAGGAACAUGACAAAGGUGUUGCCUUGGCCUUCAAGUUUCCCAGAUCUCAUAUGUGGUGUGUGCUGGAACAACAAAUGCAGUCCAUGGAGGCCCCACCUCACAACUUUCAAGUCUUAAGGGAUCUGCUGCUAUUGUCUUGGUUCUAGAUACCACAGGACUCGUUCAGAGGUCUUGUGGAGUCCAUUCCUCAAUGCACCAAUGCUGUUUUGGCAGCACGAGGUGGACCUACAUGACAUUAGGCAGGUUUUAAUGUUGUGGCUGAUCAGUGUAAUAUCAUAGCAAUAAUUGAUUUGAUCAGCAGAAUCCGCAUGCAGCAGGUUUUAUAGGCUACUGAGCAACAUGCAGGUUCUAGAACUACUUGUACAUUUGGUCUUGCUCACUUUCGGUUCUGAUUAUGUUACUACUGUUAGCUACCACAGCAAAUAUGCAGGGUGUUACUUUUGGGAUAAUAGGUUGCACUAGGAGCUCAGAAUGUAUUAAGGGGUUUGUUUAUUAACAGUUCUUAAAAUAGCUAUAGCCAGCAGGUCACAGUUAGGAAUGAACUGAGGUUCUAGGAUGAGGAGACACUGGAAUGAAAGGCUGGAGCAUAAUUCUCAGACUGUUUUUCCCUGGAAUGUAGCAUGUUAGUCAAUGAUCUUGGUGUAAAGAAUCCUAAUGCCUCCCCAGUGUUUCUCCAUACGGAAAGUCAUCUGUCUAUGACAUAAGUUCCAAUGGAAGAGUUGCUCCCUCGUGUAUCUUGCUGGGAGGUUAAUACGUAUUCUAAGGCCAGUUCAUCCAAAGGUUACUGGCAGAAAUUGAAUGCUUCUCUCUGGUUGAUGAACUUGACCUAUUCUGACUAUACAGUUUAUAUUGGGAACACUGUCAGAUGUUUUGUUUUUUAGUGUUUUAUUGCUAUUAGUCUUGAGAACUGAUACUUUUUCUUGGAGACUAUUAGAAAGCAUCAAGAAAGCUUUCAAGGCUGGUUCAAGAUAGCUAACACCAGCAAGAUUAGCUUAAUUUGAUAAUUGUUUUUGCUAUUCUGAAUUAUUAGUAAAUGGCACAUGUGGACUGGCUUGGAGCACAAAAUAUAAAAGUCAGACUUUAGUGCAUAAACUGAGAAUGUUUGUUUUCUACAAAAAUUGGUGUCGGUAAUCCAACAGGAAGGAACACAGUUCCACCUGUGAAUGUAGUAGAAAUGUACUGGAUACCACAAUCACCACAUAACCCAGGUGCUCUGAAGUCACUGCUGGCCAGGCCUCCCUUCCAAGAUAUGCAGAAUAAAUAACAGUUCAUGCACUCUGGGAUAACAGAAAUAGCAGCUUUGUUUGAUAAAGACCCGUUAGGGUCGAAACGCUGCUGCUUUUGCAUCAAUAAAGCUGCUAUUUCUAUUCUAUUCAGCUGUGUAUGUAGUGGCGUAAAUCAAGUUUUACAGUGAUAUUAAAAUUGUCUGCAUACAUACACAUUAUAUUACAAAAUGCUCUGCACUCUUGCUCCAACUUAAGUCUACUGCCCGGUGCUCAAUAUUGUCAUAUCCAUAUACAAACCUAAAAAGAUUUUUCUGACACUAUCAGCUUUUUAAAAAUGUUUCCAGUGCUUUAUUUCCCCAAAAUAAUUAACAUUUUAGUUAGUAGAUUACAACUUUGCAGGGGACAAUGAAAAAUGUAAUAAACAUCUAUGUGCUUUCAUAGAAAGGAGAAAAAAAACUUACCAACACAGUGUUUAUUGCCACCAGCAUAUCCGUGCUCGCUAUGCGCAUGUGUGUGGGUAACCAAGCCCCUCGUGUAACGUGAGGACAUGUCGGAAUGUGUAAUGACGUACAGGGAUACCUGUUUCCAGCCUGGCACAACACCAAUCACAACUCUAUGUGUGAAACAGAUAAAGAAUAGGAAAGUGCAAUGUGCAUAAUGAUAUGCCAAUAGUGUUAAAAUAGAAGAAAAUAUAUUUAUUGCCCAGUCUUAAUUUUUGAAAAAUUAUAUAUAAAUAUUUUAUAAAUAAAUAAAUUUAAAAAAAUUAAAAUAUAUCUAUAUAUAUAUAAUUAUAUUUAUUUAUUUAUAAAAUAUGUACAUUGAAUUAAGUAAAGUAAAUUGGAUUUAAUCAAAACAUAAAUAAAUAAUGUAACAAUGCAAUGUUUUGUGGACCCAGGACAUACUUAAAAACAAGAGAAAUCUCAAUGUAUCCAUCCUGGUAAAAUAUUUUAUAAAUAAAUAAAUAUAAUUUUAUAUAUAUAUAUAUUUAUAAAAUCUAUAUUUUAUCAGGACGGAUACAUUGAGAUUUCUCUUGUUUUUAAGUAUGUCCUGGGUCCACAAAACAUUGCAUUGAUACAAUAUUUAUUUAUGUUUUGAUUAAAUCCAAUUUAGUUUACUUAAUUCAAUGUACAUAUUUAGUUACAUAGUUACAUAGGCUGAAAAGAGACAUGUGUCCAUCAAGUUCAGCCUUCCUCGUUGUUUAAUAAUUGCUGCUGUUAUUAUUAAUAUCAUUUAUACACAGAAUUUAAUCUUCGGAAUUUAUUUCACAUUUGAAAGUAUCCUGGAGCAAAGCUAGGAAGCAUUAUUAUUGAAUUAUUCUACACAGAAUUGCACAUUGUAUUAAUAAAAAUGAAUAGAGAGUUGGAAUUCUAUUAACCAUUGGCUAGUGGAGCGUUCUUUCCAUAUAUAUAUAUAUAUAUAUAUACAUAUAUUGUUAAUCUAUCACUCCAGGCAAAAUAUAUUGAUUAUAUUCCAAUAUAUUGCAUAACAUUCUAUAAAGAAAAAAAAUAACUGCAUUGAAUGUUUAUGAUACACAUAGUUAUAAAUCAGUAAGAUUUUCAAUCAAAAAAGAUUUAACUUUUUGAAAAUAUGUAUAAAGCUGCAAGCACAGUGCUAAUUUAUAGACUCUAGAACAGGGUGGUUUAGAAAAGCUAUACAUUUUUUUUAAAGCUACCAUGCUCUGAGCCUCUGACUACUACUACAGUGAAAAAAUAAAUUGUAACCAUCAGGACAAUAAAGAUUCAGAAUUCCCACAAUUGGAAGUCAUUUCAAGGUUAUGUAUGUCUUUCUUUGCAUAAAGUACAGCAACAGGUGGUUGAUGAAAGGUUGGAUAUGAUAGACAUAAUUUUGUCAGGAAUACAGUGUGAUCCAGCACGUAGAAUUGUGUUACACAGGUGACUAAUAGGUAAUGUAUUACCAGGCCUUAGAAUAGCUGGACUAACGUACCACAGAAUAGUCAGGAUAAUAGCCGAGGUCAGGGGACACAGAAAGAGACACAACGAUAAAGGAAAGCCAGAGGUCAGGGAUACCAGAAUACAGGGAAGUCAGAAUCAAAGCCAAAGUAAAAAAACAGAAUAAACUUGAAUAUUUAACGUGCUCUCGGACAACCACUAGGGAAACCACAACAGUCACGUGAGCGGGCGUAGGGGUAUAAUUAGCCGUGGAACCGCAGCGGCCGGCAUCCAUUAACAUGCCGCAAGUGUUAGUCAUGCAGUUGCACGGCCACUGGCCGCAAGGUAAGGAAGAAUAUGUUACAAAUUUAGCCCAUACUGCUUUACUCGUAUAGUUCUGGACAGUGGGAAUUCUCAUGCAUUUAGUGAUCAACAAGUGAUUUUAUCUUGGAAUGCCAUGACUUUCCUCAAAGCACAGAUGAACCUAUAAUUCAGUAAAUAUUUUAUUAAAUGGAUAAGAAUUACAAAUGGAGCAUUAAGGUUUCUCUAUAUAAUUAAGAGGAAAGCAAACAGUUUGUAAGAAAGUGGCAAUUAGAUUUGUGUUAAGAGAAUUCCAAAUUGUCUUUUGUAUAUUUUAAUUUAUGAAUAAAAAAAUUAAAGAGUCAAGACAUAUUGGAAUAAAUAGCUUUAAAAAUGACCUCCUUAUGUCUGCUGCUUGUUUGAUAUAUCACAUAUAUGAUUUAUAUAUUUCAAAUUAUUACAGAUGAUUUGUAAUUAUGCUUUGAUAUACUCAUUGCAAUGUCAUAGCAAACAGUUUACAUUUUUAAGAAUUUUUUUUUUUUUUUUUUUUUUAAGCAAAGAAUAGAUUUUCUGGCAUACAUUUCCUAACAAGAAUGUUAAUAUAUUGGAGCAGUUGACUUCAAUGUCAGCCAUAAAAUUUUCUCAAAAAGAACACACAAUUAGGCAACUAGUGGCUGAGAAAUGUGCAUUAAGUUUCUACUAUGCUUCUAUACCCUCUCAUUAUUCACUUACUGUUUGAGAUAUAACUUGCAUAAUAUAGACCAGAAUAACAGAUCAAACCAGAGAUUAGUUCUAGCUCACCUGUAUUAGUAAGUGUGAUUUGUAUCUGCAUCACUGUGUUAACAGACCUGGAGAUUUGUUUAGUUACCAACUCCAAUGUAUCCAAUUUUGUAUUGAUCUGGUGAUCAUCCAAAUAAUUGAUUGACGAAUCACGAGGCAAGCGACUCGCAUUUGGGUGUUUUAUUUGAUUUAGUAAUAAAGUCCAUGAAUAUUUUACAUUUUAUGUUACUUGACCAAAAACAUUUUAUGUCUAAAUAAAACAAUAAGUGUUAGUCAUUGACAUAUAUAUAUAUAUAUAUAUAUUUAUAUAUAUAUAUAUAUAUAUAUAUAAAAAAUAAAAAUAAAAACAACCCCCCCAAAAAAAACAACAGAGCAGGGCAUGCAAGUAUAUAACUCCAUUUAUGUAUUUUUGUUGUUAUUUUUUUCUUUUUAACUAGCUUAUUGACCUGCACCUUUCACUUUCAGGCACACCUUCUGCUAUUUAUGACACCCCCCUCACCUGCCCCCCUUCUCUAACAUCAGUUGUUUUAAGUGUUAUGCUCUAACAGAUUGAUCAGUAUUGCUUCAGACCUAAGGCAGAGAGGAAAACUCUCGAAAGCGUGUCCUUGAAAUAUUAUGUUAGUCCAAUAAAAAAGGUAUCAUUGCAUACUGCAAUACUCUGGUAUUUUGGCAUCUUGUCUACUGGACUAAUAUGGCUAAUCCAAUCUACACUAUGUAUUUAACUGAAAUUCUGGUCUUUCCUCCCUCAAGUGUUGUUACUCCUGUUUCUGUCUCCCUCCAAGUCAACGGUGCUACCAUCAACUCCACCACGCAGACUCGCUGCCUAGGUGUUCUCUUUGACUACGACCUCUCCUUCAAGCCUCAUGUUCAAUCUAUCGCCAAAUCCUGUCAUUUCCAUCUCAAAAACAUCGCGCCAUACGCCCAUACUUAACACCAGAUGCGACUAAGGUGUUGGUCCAUUCCACUGUCCUUUCUCGCCUUGACUACUGUAAUCCGCUUCUCAGUGGUCUUACGUGCUCCCAACUAGCGCCGUUACAGUCCAUAAUGAAUGCGGCGGCGAGGCUGAUCUUCCUGUUCGCCCGCACCUCCCAUGCCUCACCCUUCUGUCAGUCCCUACAUUGGCUUCCUAUAAAAUAUAGAGCUCAAUUUAAAAUUCUGGUUCUUGCUUUCAAAUCUCUACAUAAUGCAAUGCAGCUCCCAACUAUCUAUCCUCCCUUAUACACAAGUAUGUCCCGUCUAGGCCCUUACGAUCUGCUGAAGACUUACGUUUAUCUUCUGUCUGUACUCCCACCUCUGAUGAUCGCCUUCAAGAUUUCUCGAGGGCUGCACCGUUCCUGUGGAACUCGCUUCCCUCCUCCGUUAGAUGCUCACCCAGUCUCCACUCCUUCAAAAAAUCAUUAGAAACCCACUUCUUCAGAAAAGCGUAUGAAUUAAACUGUUAAUAGCUCCUGAAUGAUUCCUCUUCUGCAACUGUCACUAGUCUAAUACUAUCCUUACCUUUUUGUGUCAUUUUACCCCACUCCCUCUAGCAUGUAAGCUCAUUGAGCAGGGCUCUCAACCCCUCUGUUCCUGUGUGUCCAACUUGUCUGGUUACAACUACAUGCCUGUUCGUCCACCCAUUGUAAAGCGCUGCGGAAUUUGACGGCGCUCUAUAAAUAUCAUCAUAAUAAUAAUAAUAUAGUAUACAUACUAUGUACAUAUAAAAAAACAGAUACAAUUUGUAUCUUGUAAUAAAUUUUUUUUUUGGACUAACAUAAUUUUUUAAAGACAAGCUUUCAGGCGAACCUCCCUUUCUCAAGUCUAAAGCAUUUCUGAACAAGACAACACAUAGAAUUCAAAAUUGAGUGUGGCUUUAAAGUAGACUGUUACUUCCUGGUUGUAUAGGUCAGUGGAGCUAAACUCAAGAUUCAGCAAUAGCCCACAGCACCUGCCUUGCAAAAACUUCUCAUUGAGUUACAUUGGGAAGUCUGUGAUUGGACAACCACAGAAAGUCUGGGAUGGGUUAGAAGGGGAGGGCUUGCAAAGGCUACAGACAAGAGAUCUACAGUUUUUUCCAAUCUGUUUUCAGAAUAUGUAUAAACUUGUAUAAGUUGUACUAACUUGUACUAAAACAGUAUUUUUAUUUACUUUGUAUUUGGGUAAGUGAAGUGUCCCUUUAAUUUCUACAAUUUUUAUUAUUUGGCAAUUUAUAUUACACAUUGAAUAUAAUUUUACUAUUUGCUUGAUUCAUACCAAAAAAUUAUUUUACAUUAUUUCCAUUUUUUGUUAGCGUUAACAUAACAUUAUUCACAUAUAAACGCAUUUGAAAUUAUUCAUAAUUUCAACAAAUUUGCUGCAUCUUGCUUGACUUUUUUAUAGUCAACGCCAGCUGGAUAAUAACUCUCUAAGGAGUGAACAUGAGCAUUGUAGUUUCACGCAAUCAUUUCUGUAGAUGCUUAGUACUUUAUGAAUAAAAUGUAAAAAAUGAUAGCUAAUUUUAUCAUAUUAUCUGUAAGAUUGUUUUUUAGUUUAUAUUAAUAAUAAUAGCUCUCAGCUAUUCAAGCUUUCUUACACUAAUCUUGUUAAACUGGAACAACUAACAAUAAUAUAAUUUUUCCUUUCAUCGUAUUCUGCGAUCCAUGCACUCUUGCUGGGUCUUGCCGAAUUUUAGAUCUGAUAAAGCAAAUGAUGUCACACUCCAGUCCUUGAAGGUUGCACGUACACCAGAAUUUAAGUAUAGUGCCUAGUCAAUACAAGCCCUUUACAAAAAAUGCUUCUUCUCAUUGUGUUCAGAUAAAAGAUGAGUAAUUGGGCAUACAUACUAGUUGUCUACAUUAUUCUGUGAUAGUCAAUGUUACUUGUUAAAUUACACGCCUAUUGACCACACAAUAAACUUCAAUCAGGAUUUCUGAGUUAAUGAACAUUUGUACAAUGCUAAAUUAUAGUAUUUCAUCAACAGGUGAGAUCUGAGGUGGGUUUUAAAUAACAAGUCCAUGUGUUGAUGAAUGUGUAGUGCAUAGCCAGAAGCAUGAAGAGGUCUUUCCCUUAAUGGUCCAUUUUUGAGAGAGUUUGAAGAUAUAUUUCCCCGAAUAUGUAGACAAUUGUAAAUAUUUGUUUAUUAACGCACACAUGUAUGUUGUUUGUAAUUGGGUCCUUUUCUAACAAAGACUAUUUGUAACCAGUACUUCUAACCCGCCACUUCUUGGCUCCAAUACCAGCAAAUUGGGCUUGCUUUGAAUAUUCUACUUCAUUUUUUCCAUUAUAACUAAGAGGUCCCUUACCUGGAAGCCUAACCAUUAAACCCAGACAAGUGCAUUAUUAUUUUUUUUUCCACCAAAUAUUACCUUUUGCUCUAUUGAGUCAGGCAAGUGACGGAAUGCCAAAUGCAGAGCUGUACAAUAGAUUGCGAUGAGAGGAACGGUAGUUCACCAGAUCAACCACCAGAGAAUACUUUUCCACCAUUCCAGAGUCCAAAAAUUAGACCUUGUGCCUUGUAUCACUCAAGUCAACACUCAUCACUGUGCUUUAGCUGCUCUGCUAGGGAUUCAUGUAAAUAAACGAGAAAGCCAUGUCCUGAAGCUCCCAAUGUGCAGUUUGUAUGGUGAUAUUUAUGUGUAGUGUAAAAUUAGAAAUGUUAUGACUAAAAUUUUGGAAUAAGCUAAUCUUAUCCAGAAAGAAUUAUUUAAUCACAUAAAAUGUUGUCCUGUUCACUUUUCUCAGCAAACUAUUGCAAGGUUAUUUACAAAACUGAGAAUUCAAAGGGAAUGUCAGAUUUAAGGUCAUAAUAGAAUCUGAAUACUCGCUUUUGUGAAUAACCCUGUAAGUGUCUUGGCACCAGGAUCAAUGCUCUUUACUCUUUUACUGAGUUUUGUGAUUGUUUAUAGUUCAGCUUCAUUGGCCUCCAUUUUGCAAUUUGUUUGGCAACCUACAAGUGCUUUAUUAACUAGACCUCUUCAGAAAAAGAACACUACAAAGAAUACCACAAUGAUUCUCACUGAGAAUAUAAACUGAUGCCAGAUAGUAUAUCUUUAUAAACAUGUCACUCUUCUUUAAAGGGAUAGUGUGAGCACUAGAAGCAGUAUAGCGUGCCGUAGUUGUUAUAGUGCCAGGAGUCCCCUGAAGCCAUUUGAUAUUACAGGACCAACCUUUUUUUAAACAGUUUGAAACUAUCUCAGAUGCCAUUGGUCCUUCUGAUCUUCUGCGAUAUUGCUAAAGAGGAAGUUCACAUUGCACUUUAGCAAUUUGAAUUUUGUCUAUCUUUGAACAUCAUUCAUUGGCUAAAAGUGUCAGCUGAUUCUCGCAGCCAAGUAAUUCAGGAAUUGAUUCAUUGGCUGUAGUGGUUCCGGUGCUUAGUGCAUAGAGUGCCCCUUUAACAAACAGUAAAUGUUAUAUGCAGCUUAACAACCAGGUAUAGAAUACAAAGUGAUAGCUCUGUCAUUGUACUUUUGCUGUUUCUUCAAAAAAUACAUCACGAAUUGAUGUGGUUAGUUGGCACUCAGGUUACACCGAAAUAGUUGAGUUUGACAACUAAUCUAUGGUCCUAUCUUAGCUAGUUUAGCCUGAAUCUUACUUAAAUUUACAGUUUAUUGUGUUAAAGGAGUAAACCUCUACGGUUAACUGUUCAGUUAAUGUGAACUACAUCUCCUCUGGUUCUAAGACAGCAUUUUGUCAGCCAUCAUCUUUAAAUAAAUGAUAAUGUGUAAAGUAGCUUAAUUACAGAUAGUAUGCUCUUGUUUAGAUAAAGAGUAGGAUAGACAGGCUUUAUCUAUGCACACAUGCUGCUUGCUACGUUAAUCUAUCACCUUUUACAAUUAUCCACUAAUGUGACAAAGAAAAAGUGUUAUUACUUAAUAUAUUCUGUUUCGGAUUUUUAGUCUCUAUGCUUCUUAAUGACUUGUUUAUACAAUAAAUUAAAUGACUUUUUUAUACAAUAAAUCUGAGUUAAAAUUGAACCUACAGAAACAUUCCAUGAUUUUCCGGCUUAUAUCGCUGGUACAUGUGGCUCUCAAGGCUGUUAUUUAUUAGGGUUUUUUUUAUACUUUAACAGACGUUCUACCAUUUGAUGUUUUGUUACUAUAUUGUUUUGUGUCUGAGGAAGGAAAACUCCCCCAAAAAUGUUGUGCUGUGAUACUAAAUGUAGUAAAACAAUGCCAUGAAUAAUGCGUUGGUGAUUCUGAUACCUUUCGUUUUGCUGUGAUAAAACAUACUUCAAUAGCACUAUGAAGAUCUGUUAUGCAUUUUAUUUGAAAUUUACUAUUUGAAGACGAUUCCCAGUAAAUGCCAGGAACAGUCAUAGAUAAAGCAGGUUAAGGGGUGCAGCUGUGGCCGAGAGUCAUGUCGGCUUCUAUUAGGCUUGCAGUCUGUGUUGUUGGUAAGGAAACCGGGAGCUCUUGCCUCCCCUGAAUCCAUGGCCAGCUGCAUUGUUCUAUUUCCCAAAUAUUAAAAUAACUCUAGAAGGAUAUUUGUUAGUUUUACAGAGUGAAACUGGGGUUAGGCCAAGAAACAUUUUUAGGUGAUUUGAUGCCGUAUCGAUAACAUUUAAAAUAAUACUGCCUUUUAAAAACAUAUGAAGGUCAGUUUUAUUACUUUGUAGCUCUGAUAUACACUCACACACACCACUCAUUCCAGUCAGUAUAAUUAUUCUGGAACUUUCUGAUACAUUCAUGUUUGUGAUACAUUACAGUUAGUUUAAAUUCUGAGGAGCUCUGCGAUGCACUCAUACACAUCUCUUAUUAUAGUCCGUAUUAUUGCUGUGGAGCUCUGUGAUACAGUCAUACACACCUCUUAUUAUAGUCCGUAUUAUUGCUGUGGAGCUCUGUGAUACACUCAUACACACCUCUUAUUAUAGUCUGUAUUAUUGCUGUGGAGCUCUGUGAUACACUCAUACACACCUCUUAUUAUAGUCCGUUUUAUUGCUGUGGAGCUCUGUGAUACACUCAUACACACCUCUUAUUAUAGUCCGUAUUAUUGCUGUGGAGCUCUGUGAUACACUCAUACACACCUCUUAUUAUAGUCCGUAUUAUUGCUGUGGAGCUCUGUGAUACACUCAUACACAUCUCUUACUAUAGUCCGUUUUAUUGCUGUGGAGCUCUGUGAUACACCCCAUACAAACCCCCCAUUACAGUCAGCUCCCAGAAAAGAAAAUCUUUGAUACAUGCAUUUUAAACCAACUUAAAUUUGAUCACAUGUUAUGUAAUAUGAUGUAUUGAUUUAAUAUACUUAACAUCAUUCUUUUGUACUUUCUUUUACAGGUAUUUGGCAAUUGUUCAUCCAUUAAAGCCGAGAAUGAAUUACCAAACUGCUUCAUUCCUGAUUGCCAUGGUUUGGAUCACCUCUUUACUAGUAGCCAUACCUUCAGCUUAUUUUGCUACAGAAUCUGUACUUUUUAUUGUAAAGAAUCAAAAAAAGAUUUUCUGUGGCCAAAUCUGGCCGGUCGAUCAGCAGGUUUAUUACAAGUCUUACUUCCUCUUUAUUUUUGGCAUUGAGUUUGUUGGUCCCGUCGUAACAAUGACUUUGUGCUAUGCCAGAAUAUCGAGAGAACUUUGGUUCAAGACUGUUCCUGGCUUUCAGACGGAUCAGAUCCGAAAACGCCUCCGGUGUCGCAGGAAGACUGUCUUGGUGCUGAUGUGCAUUCUCAUUGCUUAUGUUCUAUGUUGGGCUCCAUUUUAUGGCUUUGCCAUUGUUAGAGACUUUUUCCCAACUGUGUUUGUGAAGGAGAAACAUUAUCUUUCAGCUUUUUACAUCGUAGAAUGUAUUGCCAUGAGCAACAGCAUGAUCAACACAAUGUGCUUUGUGACUGUUAAAAAUAAUACUAUAAAGUAUUUUAAGAAAAUUAUGCUGCUAAGAUGGAAGUCUACGUACAAUGAAAGUAGAUGCAGUGGAGAGUUAGACCCCAAGUCCAGCGCGGUGCCAGUUACGGAGGAGGUAGAUUGCAUUAAACUGAAGUAAUUAAUGUAGUGUGUUUGCUAUAAUUAUAUUGCCUGUGUUACAAUGUUACAAUUAAUACUUUUAAAGGUACAAGGAUUGUUAUUACAGCUAUUAUUGCAUUCUUUGUGUUUGGUACAUAUAUUCUAAAUUGC